GGCCCCCAUCUCCUGCAGAGCUCUCCUUCAGGGUGUGGAUGUGUGGUGGGAGCUUGGAGAUCGUGCCCUGCAGCCGGGUGGGCCACGUCUUCAGGAAACGGCAUCCCUACAACUUCCCUGAGGGCAACGCCCUCACCUACAUCAGGAACACCAAGCGCACUGCAGAGGUGUGGAUGGAUGAAUACAAGCAGUAUUACUAUGAGGCCCGGCCCUCGGCCAUCGGGAAGGCCUUUGGCAGCGUAGCCACGCGGAUUGAGCAAAGGAAGAAGAUGAACUGCAAGUCCUUCCGCUGGUACCUGGAUAACGUCUACCCAGAGCUCACAGUCCCCGUGAAGGAAGUGCUCCCUGGCAUCAUUAAGCAAGGGGUUAAUUGCUUAGAAUCCCAAGGCCAGGACUCAGCUGGGAACUUCCUGCUUGGAAUGGGGAUCUGCAGAGGGUCUGCCAAGAACCCCCCAGCACCCCAGGCGUGGCUGUUCAGCGACCAUCUCAUCCAGCAGCAGGGGAAGUGCCUGACUGCCGCCUCCACGUCCAUCACCCCAGGUUCCCUGGUCCUACUGCAGGGGUGCAACCCGAGAGAAGGCAGGCAGAGAUGGAGGAGAAAAGCCUCUUUCAUCCAGCACUCGGUCAGCGGCCUCUGCCUGGAGGCCAAGCCCGCCCAGCUGGUGACCAGCAAGUGCCAGGCCGACGCCCCGGCCCAGCAGUGGCAGCUGACACCGCACACGUGACGGUAGCCUGGGGCCUCCCAUACCUUUUGCAUGAGACUUUGGGACUGGAAGCGGGUUAGGGUGGGGGAGUGUAAAGCAGGCCGUCCCCAUCUCCUCACAUUUCCGCCGGAAUCAUCAGCAAACCCCCCUGCCACGACACACAGUUUCCCCAAAGCUUGUUCGGGGCGGGCACAGGGGGGCAGGCCCUGAUGCUCCGGCUGCCAGCCCGGCCUUGCCCCAGAAGAGGAGACGGUCAGGAUGCUGCUGCUGGGCAGAGACUGGGCAGCCCACUCCCGGCCCUUUGUCCCCUUCCCUUCACCCUCCCAGGGUCCCGGACAGUGUUUGGAGGAGCUGUCCCCCAUUGGCUGGGGAGAGCAAGGACAGAAGCCCACGCAGGGCCCCUGCUGGGUCACAGGGCCUAGCUGUGGGACCAGCAUGAGAGGAGAACGUGGGCAGCAUGGAUGGGGAGGCUGAGGGCCGGGCGAGGGGGUGCAGCCUGAAGGCAGGUGGAGAACAAGAAGGAGGUGAGAAGCUCUGUGGCUUGUCCCAGGCAGGUGCUGGGUUGAGCGUGGGAAGGAUAGGAUCUGGAGCAAAGGAUGCGUAAUUUGCAGAAGGACAUGGAUGGAAAAGCAACAAAGCACCAAAAGAAUUAGUCUCUUCCGGACAACCCAUAGUUCUUCCCAUGCUGUGUCAGUCCCCGCCCAUCGCGCCCGGCACUCUGGCCUCCACGUUCCUAGCAAGAGGCUGCAACCGGGUCUUCAUGGGCAGCCUUGGGACCCAGUUUAUUAAACAGAUCCCACUUCUGUUUG